ACUAAAACCACACACAUAUAUGGGUCUUUCAACAAAGAAUCAAAUUUUCAUUUUCAUGCGAAUCUUGUUUAUUAUUUUUGUUCUCAAAACGUCGGCAUCAUUAGAAACCCAUUUGUCCACAGAUGGACUCAUACCAUUCGCAGCUAAACAUGUUAUUAUCAUCAACAAACUGGUCACGCAAGCAACGCUGAUUGUGCAUUGUAGAAACAAAGGGGACGAUUUAGGAGUAAUCAAACUUAACUGGAAAGCUAGUUUUGAUUUCAGGUUUCGGGUCAAUCUUCGUAAAACAACAACGUAUACUUGCAGUUUCAAGUGGCCAAACAAUACAGCAACAUUUGAUAUUUUUAGAGCAGAUAGAGACGAUAAUCCAAAAAGUAAAUAUGGAGUUUGCAAAGAAUGUAUUUGGAGCAUUUAUGAGCCAGCCCCUUGUCGUGAUAAACGGGAUGGAGGUCAACCUCAGUGUUUCCCAUGGAAGUCGUAGUCGAUUAAGAGUAUAUGUAUUCCAUUUGAGUUAGAAUAGUUGGUGUUUGAGUCUGUGAUUACUUAUUUGUUAGUUUUCCUUAGAAUGACAGAAGUAUAAUUGGUUGUCACGGAGUUUCUCAAAAAAAUACAUUUAUUAAUUGGUUAUUGA